GUUGACCAAAGCUAAACCGGAAUAAAAAUAACUGUGACGAAUGUAGGCCCAUCAUAUUUACUGAGGAUAAGUUGAAAUAUCCUCAUAGAUAUUCUAUUCGAGAGGAACUUUUUAGGUUUUCAUCAGUGAUAGGACAGAAACGUGGAAUAUCUAUCCAGCCGAUCAGUAUUUAUAUUCGACUUGCCAUGGAGGCCAUGUUGAAGAAGGAGCUUGGAACCUCAAUGCUGAAGUAUACUGGAUACUCUGGAGGGGGCUGUAUCAGCGAAGGCCAGAGUUAUGAUACUGAUAAUGGCAGAGUUUUUGUGAAGAUAAAUCACAAGAGUCAGGUUCUUAAUUUUGUUUUUGUAUGCAUCACAUGCACAAAUGCUAUCACAAUAAAGGCGAAACGGAUGUUUGAUGGGGAAAUGGCAAGUCUGGAUGCUAUUUUACAAACAGAAACCAUUAAAGUCCCGAAGCCUGUGAAAGUCAUUGAGCUGGACACAGGGGGAUCUGCGUUUGUCAUGGAACACCUGGACAUGAAAGGUUUGACAAAGUACUCCACACAGCUUGGAGAGAAAUUGGCAAAUCUGCACCUUCACAACAAGAGAAGUCUGGAUAAGCAAAUGAGAGAACAACAAACCGUAGGAAAAGGAGCAGGGCUUUCUGAAAUGCCUCUCGUCGAAAAAUAUGGGUUCCAUGUCGCUACUUGCUGUGGUUACCUUCCACAGGGAGACUACACUUAUCAGGUGAUUAUUUUGCAGGAAAACGAGUGGCAGGAUGACUGGGUGACGUUCUACUCCAGACACAGACUACAGCAUCAACUAAACAUGGUGGAAAAGUCUUGUGGUGACAGAGAAGCAAGGGAACUAUGGUCCCAUCUACAAUUGAAGAUCCCGCAGCUGUUCACUGAAGUGGAGGUUGUGCCCGCCCUCCUCCAUGGAGACCUAUGGGGAGGCAACGUGGCCCAGACCACAGAGGGACCAGUCAUAUUCGACCCCGCCUCCUUCUACGGCCACUCUGAGUACGAGCUGGGCGUCAUGGCGAUGUUUGGAGGUUUCAGCAGCUCGUUCUACGCCGCAUACCAUGAGAACGUUCCAGAGGCUCCUGGCUUUACGCAGAGAAACCAGCUCUACCAACUUUUUCACAACCUCAAUCACUGGAACCACUUUGGCGGUGGCUACAAGGGCUCUUCGCUCCGAAUCAUGAAGGACCUUGUGAAGUGAAGGCCUCCUCCGUGGCACUAGGGGAAUAGCUUGUGUGUAACAAAGAAACAAAGUACAAAUGUGAAAGAUUUCAACCAGCUCAAAGCUCUAAAUAACCUGGACAUAUCUGUACUAAAUGCUGUUCAAUGGCUAUUUCGAUAAUUGGGUCAAUAAAAGCUCAUACUUUAAAACUAUUAAAUGUAAUUCCUGCAGAAAAUGCGGUACAGUUCUGUAGUGGAAAGUGAGGUUGAAUUUGUUUAGUAAAGCCACAUACUUUAAGACAUAAGGAAAUGUUACAUGGCUUUAAUCAAGUGAAGGGAUUUUGAACAGAGACAAAAGUCUGAAUGGAGCAGUGGCGGCUCGCCUAUAGAGGGCGCUGGGGCGCCGCCCUCCCGCUGACCAGCCAUCUUUUCUUUUUUAAAUAUAUUUAUAUAUAUUUUUUUUAAUAAUCUUCUCAUUUUUAGAAUUAAUCUAUUUUAAUUGCAUUCGAAUAAUGCAUUUACUUUAGAAUAUCUUUAGAAUCCCCCAUAAUUAAAUUUUCAUCAUUUACAUGUUCAACGUUUUGGUGAAGUAGAUGCCUUCCGUGGGGCGCAGUUCGCUCAGCCCCACAUGCCUGAAUUAUUAGCCAAUGGUUCCGCCGUUGCUAGGCAGAGUAGUACAUAAUUUCGCCUAUCAGCGUCGUCGAAUUGUAUGGCUUUGGGGCGCUCAAUAUAUAGCCCCAAGCGCAGUGCACCGCCCACUGCGCGUAACCGCGCAUUUGCCAUUACCUCAGAGAUCAGCAAGUUGGCGAUUUUGAGUACUGCUACCACUGUUUCCCUGUGAGUUCAGCUAGCCCCAAAUUCAGUUAAGUCUUUGCUUAUGAAUCCCUUCGAAAGAAGAACAUUUGCAGAAAAAUUGCAAGUAAAAUAACUCAGAAGUGAACAUAACCAAACAAGCAAGAGAAAAGGAUAGAGCCUACCAUAGAAGUUUUUCAAGAGUUUGGUUCAGGCUUGGCUAACUAGCUGGGUAUGCCAAUGCAAUUUUUUGCUUUCCUUGUAUACUUUUAAAAUAAGUGCGUGUGAUAGUUCGUGGACACAGACAGGGUUGACAGACCUGAAACAUGUCAGAUCGGAUAAAAAAAACACAAGCGAGCAAGAGUGCAUAAUGAACAACUUUGUGAAGCUAGCCAUGCUAGAGGUAAGCAACUUCUAUUUAUUCCACUAGCCUAUAUGUAUUUCCCUUGAGAUGGACACUGGUUGCAGACCCUCACAACCUCCCCCCACCCCUUUCAAGUGUACUGUAUAUAGUUCUCUGCAAUUGCAAACCUAUGGUGGGACCAGGCCUUCAUUGUGCAUAUUGUAUAGUCCUCUGCAAACCUAUUCAGUGUACAUACUGUAUAUAGUUCUCUGCAAACAUGGUGGCAUCAGGCCUUCAGUGUGCAUAUUGUACUGUAUGUAGUCCUCUGUAAACCUAUUCAGUGUACACACUGUAUAUAGUUCUCUGCAAACCUAUGGUUGCUUCAGGCCUUCAUUGUUCAUAUUGUACUGUAUGAGUCCUCUGUAAACCUAUUCAGUGUACUGUAAAUUAGGGAUGGGCGAUAUGGCCUAAAAUCCAUAUUGCGAUAUACAUGCAACCUAUUGCGAUAACGAUAUAUAUCACAAUAUAUAAAUCAUAAUAGAACCAUUUCAGAACAGGUUACAUAGACUCUAAGGAAAGCUAAACUGCUAAAUGUAUGUCGUUUUGAGAACAUUUAUUGUGCAAAACUAAUCAUACAACAUAAUGUUGUAGCUGCAGAGACUUUAAAAAAGAAAAAAAUCUUCUGUGUAAUGACGUAUACUUCUCUUAAUGAAAUAAAAAUUGGUGGUGUCUUGUUAAUAAAGAAACCGAUACUGUGAAUUAGGGAAAUACGUCCAGUAUUAGGAAUGGCUAUUUUAAAUAAAGAAAAAUCUUCCAAGUGUGUUCACAGAUACUUGCUAUUAAAACAUAAAACAAUAAGUGGAAAAUGAACGCAUGUAAUUUUGAAAUGAACAUGAAAUGAGAGCAAUCACCAGCUCCUCCGUUUCUCUUUCAGCCAUAUUUACUUAGAUGACGAUGAUGCGUUGAAGCCGGUUGGAGCUCAUGGCUCUUUAAAUUCCGCGGGUCGCGGACGAUGCGUUGCAGCCGGUUGCAGCUCGUGGCUCUUUAAAUUCCGCGGGUCGCGGACGAUGCGUUGCAGCCGGUUGCAGCCCGUGGCUCUUUAAAUUUCGCGUGUCGCGGAUGAUGCGAUGCAGCUGGUUGCAGCUCGUUGCUCUUUUUAAAAUUCGCGGGUCGCGGACGAUGCGUUGCAGACGGUUGCAGCUCGUGGC